AUGUUGCGAUCCAAAUUUCAUCAGACGCUCAUCUCACACUUUGCACCACUCUGUUACUACACCCUUGGCCAAAUGAGUUCCCAGGGAAGCCAGAUCGUACGGGCACCUUCGGAGGAGGCGAUAACAGGCAUCAAAUCCGUCUUCCUCGCAGGUACCACAACUACAGUCGACAAUGUCGACUGGCGCGAAAAACUAUCUGCCUCGCUUUCCGAGCACCCGAUAACUAUUUUCAAUCCCAACCGCCCAGACUGGGACAGCACAUGGCGUGAGGACAUUAGUUUUGCUCCAUAUCGUGAGCAAGUCCUGUGGGAGCUCGACAAACAAGUCCAGGCCGACCUUGUUGUGGUUUACUUCCACCCAGCUACGGUGGCUCCGAUAAGCCUUCUGGAAUUCGGGCUUUCUGCACAGGUACCAGGCAAAGUUAUCGCCAUAGCUCCGAAGGGAUAUUCGAAGAGGGGCAACGUGCAAAUAGUUUGCCAAAAGUUCGGGAUCGAAUUCCUGGAUAAUAUCGACGAGUUACAUGGGGUUAUCGUCAAUAAGCUACAUUUGCAUCGAUGA